AUGACCAAUGAUGCACUGAGAAUGCGGCACAUGGAAGAGAAGCUCCGUGUCAAGUUCAAGGCUGACGCAGUGGUCUUCAGGAAAGAUUCUCUAUCGUGCAAGAUGAUGGCCAUGGCAUUUGGGUCCGAUGUGGAAUUCCCCCAAGUGGCAAGAGGCUACGUGGCAGCCACAGGCAGCCCCACCUUGAAUCUUCUGAGGCCGCUUUUGUUGGAGCAAGCUGCGCCCAGAAAGUCACUUGCUGAAGUUCAUUUGCAGGAGGAUGGCCUCUCAAUCCCACUGGCCAAUGCGAAUAUCAAGAGCGAAGCUGGACAGGGAGGGCUUUCCAACCUUCCUCCCACGGAGGGUGCCAGUAUUUGGAGAAGAGGACCUCCACGGAGUGGCGCCAAUUGCCUUCGCAACAAGGCGAUCCCGUGCUUGACAACUUCCUCGCCAAGCAAGCUCACGCCAUAUGGGCCGUCCAAACACGGCGGGCUUGAGGAUUUUGUGGGUGCUGUUACUAAGCAAAAUCAGCUGGACCCGGACUCAUUCGUGGAGUUCGUGGAGGAUCUCCUCACUGAGAUUGAGGCCGCCAUGGAGAAUCAAGUGCAGACCAGAGCUGCGAAAGCUGCUGCCAUCAACGUGCUCAAGAAGAAAUUGCCACCUGAACUCCUGUUGGUGAGCACGUUCUCGAAACAAGACUUGUACAAAGCCUCGAAGCAUCAUCCCCAGAACCACUAUGGAUGGUAG